GCACGAUGACGCCCUGACGCGCCUCAUGCGCCUCAUUGAAUAGGGCUGGAGUGCAACUCACGUUUAAAAACCUCGCACUACACGCCCCUUUGCGCCUGCUACAUUCAAAGUUAGAGUCUCUAUUUUUUCAGGUUCAUAGGCCCCAGCCCACAACACGAGUGCCUCGCUAAUCUGUGGUAAACCACAGCACGCGACCCCAUCUUUUUCCACCACAAUAAUGCACACUAGCUUCACCAGCAUAAAUCAACAAAUACAUCAGCCAGACCAUCAUACCCACCAUGCCGAUGAUGUUCACCCCAGACGACACGUUGCUGUUCUCACCUAGCAAGAAACAGCCGUUUGCUCACUCACCUUAUGGUCACAAGAUAGGGACCGCGACUCGAUGUCACCAUGAGCUCCACCCCUCCAAUCCACAACAUACUCCAUGGUGUUCCAAAUGCACUGUUUCGCAGGCUAGAGCAAAGUCCGACGUUGCACUUAAGAAGCUGGUAGCCGAAGGCGGAUUAAGACCUCUAGGGUACAUGCGCAACCGACGGUGGAACAGAGCAAGAAACGGGUACCUGAUAGCGAAGCAGCGACUCGAGAAGACACGCAAGGAGGAGCAGCUACGCUGGGAGCGCGAGCGAGCGUGGGACGACGCUCACGAACGAUUCGACUCCCACAACAUCCAGGCAGCAGUCUUACCCAACAAAUUACCUUCGUUGUGCCCCAUUUGUGACUCCUUGGUAUCAUCUUACCCCACGACAAUGCCUGAGGCGCAACCCACAAAGUACGAGGCUUGGUGGGAGAGACCAAGCGCUCUUGCCGCCUCACACACACUCGUGCACCAGACGACACCACGCUCGCGCAACCAGCAUCCUACACCCACGCAAACACGCAGAGGCAACCCCAUACUGCGCCAGACAAUCGCAGACAUCCGCAAACAAAUGCAUUCGGAUGCCGAGCUGCGACGAGCCUGGGAAGCCCGAGACAAGACCGAGGCGGCGCUACGUCGCAAGCACGGCUUGGGCGACAUGCCCAUCAACAACGAGUUCUGGGACCACCCGAUAUCCGGAUACUUUAGUCGUCUUGCCCACCAGAACAACAAAGAAAUGGUCCGUUCGGCGGAACGACGCGCACGCGGUAAUAUUGCGCGCCCCCGGCCGCCACGUAGCUCACUGUCCUACUCUGAGACGACAGACGACGUGGAAGUCGAACCGGGCUUUGAGGAAACAUUGAAAGAGAAAGAAGAGCGCGAGGAAUGGGAGCGACAGGUCAGGAGAGUUGCAGGCGAGGUUGGAUACCUUUAUUUCGUGGGCGGUGGUAUCAACGGUUUGGAACAGUGGGAAGAAGAUUACGAGCGGAGUGCAGAGUAUCUUAUUACGAGGACCGAGACUCCUGCUGAGCCGGUGGCCGACGAGGACGUUCAGGAUGAAAGCGAGACCACGGAUGGUGAUGCCAACGAGGAGGACUGGGGUGAUGAAAUGGAUGUUGAUGACGCUUAGGAGGGUGAUGAUACAUUCUGUCAUAUCGACAGCGCUUAGAUUGCUAGUUGAGUCGUUGUAUUAGAGAUACACAGUGUACAUUUAUAUUAAUGUUUGAGGGCUCAA